CCUUGCACUGCAGUUACUUAACUGUCUCAGCAAGAUGUUUGCAGCAGUGCUGUUUAUAGCAGGCAUACACACAGCAGUAGGAUUCAACAUAUUCCAGAAGCCAGAAAGCAAAUUUACAAAUGAAGAUCCACUGUUUGGUCCAAUUACUGUUCAUUCAAAGGAUGGGGUUUUUGAUCCUACUCCUACCUCUGGAGGCAUUGCAUCCAACUGGGGUGAACAUAAAGAUCAGCUUCUGCUCCAGGAACAAAAUGCCAUGAAGAGCAACAGCAACAAUAAUAAUAAAUACCAAGCUAAUCAACCUCCUUUUCAUCAAGACCCCGUAAGGAAAAAAAGAUCUCCACAAAAUGAUGCUAUUACUAAUGAAGAUGAAGGGACAGAGAUCGCUUUUGUGUUGGACGGCUCUGGUAGUAUCGAGCAGGAGGAUUUUGAAAGGGCCAAGGAAUUUAUUCAUAAUGUGAUGAGAAAUGUUUGGACAACAUGUCUCAGUUGCAAGUUCGCAGUUGUGCAAUAUGGGAGAGACAUAAGGACAGAACUCUCUCUGAAUGAAAAUGAUGAACGUCUUAAAGCUUUGCACAAAGUGAAAAACAUAAAACAGAUCCAUGCAAUCACCAAGACUGCUUCAGCUCUCUACUAUGUUCUCACAGACAUUUUUGUUCCUCAAAGUGGAUCCAAAGAGAACAACAAAAAAAUUAUAAUUUUACUGUCUGAUGGACAAAUGGCAGGAGAUAAUAGAACCCUCACAGAGGUUUUAAACAUGCCACAGAUGAAGGGGAUUGUUCGCUAUGCAAUAGGGCUGGGGCCAGAGGUUUUAAAUAAACAACGAGCUAUUCUAGAGAUGACAGAGAUAGCUGGUGGUGAAGAGAGAUUCUUAAAGGUGUCUAAUUAUGGCUUAUUGAAAAAUAUUCUCUCUUCUUUGGAAGAAAGCAUACUCAGGACUGCAGAAAGAAGAAUAAGGGAUUUAUGCAAUUCCUAGGACUUUCAGAUGUCUGAUGCUCAGCAAGAUGGAUUUCCGGUUCCUGCCUUCUUUGGUUUUGAUUCUGAAUUUAUGAUAUUGCACCUUUAGAAAGCGUAAUAGUUAACAAAAUCUUUAUAAAGCUUAAUUAUAAACAGCAUUUAUAUAAAGCCUAAUUUUUAAAAUUGUAAUCAGUUUGAUUGUCAAAAUUCUAUUCACUAAUCCAAUGAUACAUGUUUAACCCCAAUUGCAAAAAAGUUGGAAACAUGUAAACUAUAAAUAAAAAAAAAGAAUGCAGUGAUUUGCAAAUCUCAUAAAAAAAAAAAAAAAAGCUUCGGGUCUCAGGUGGCACUGCAUUAAAAACAGGCCAGAUUGUGUAAUGGAAUUUACUACACUGGCACAGAAAUACAUACAGAAAAGAUUUGAUUCAUUGCUUAUACAAAUGCAGAUUAAAUCUCUACCAUGCAAAUAAGAAGCCACAUGUGAACAUGAUCCAGAAACCAGAAAAAGAUGAAUCGGAAUUUUAAAUUUACUUUGGAAAACCAUGGAUGCCAUGUCCACCAGACUAAAGAGUAGUGGAACCAUUUAGUUUAUCAUCAGCGCUCAGUUUAAAAGUCUGCAUCUCUGAUGUCUAUAGAUAUUUACCAGUUUUAGAGCUACAGUACAUAUGCUUUCAUCCAGAUGACGUCUUUAUCAAGAAAGGCAAUGCAUAUUUUAACAAAACAAUGCUAAACCACAUACUGCAUCUAUUAAAACAGCAUGGCGUUGAAGUAAAAGAGUCUGGUGGCUGAACUAGCCUUCCUGCCAGUCGCAAUUGGGACAACAUUCCUCUCCCAAAAAUCCAGCAACUGGUCUCCUUAGCUCCCAGACAUAUACAGAUUGUUGUUUAAAGAAGAAAGGAUUGUACAAAGUAAUACAUUUGGCCCAGUUCCAACAUUUGUGAGACAUAUUACAGUGAUCACAUUCCAAAUUACCUUAUAUUUUUUAAUAUAUUUGAUGUGUUUCAUAAAUCACCAUACAUUCAGUACAGCUGAAACAGUCUAACAGUCUAGUUAUAGUUAUAUUUUCUAUUGAGUCGGUAUAUGCCUUCAUAUCAUUGGAUUCUGUUUUCAUUUACAUUUUAAAUAGCAUCACAAUAAAAAAAUAAUUGGGGUUAUACAAUGCAAACUCAUUAAAUUAUUUUUACUUUAAGCACAAACAACAACAGAUUCUUUUGAAUAAAUGUAAAAAGGUAAAAAGAGCAGAACAAGACAUAGCUUCACUAUAGAACUGUCAAGAGUUUCAGGCCAUGUUUGGAAAUGUGUAUAUUUCGUGGGUCAAUUGUCACACCUGGUGCAUUCAUUCAACCCUAAAGAGUCAUAACUCAUAAAACUUAAAAUUUAUUAUAAGAAAAAAUAUUAAAGAGGAUAUUUAGUUCCUUUAAAUAUAUGAAGUUCAACUAAAAUAAUCCUCAAAAAUGAUUUGAAAAGACUAAACUUCAAAUGGAAGUUUGGUUCAGUCUUGAAUUACUUGGAAGUUUUAGCUCAGUUGUUAAGAUGUUGGCCUUAGAAGGUUAUGAGUUUAAAAGCCAAGUGCCACCAGGCUGCUACUGCUGGGCCUCUAAACAAAAACCUUAAAUAGAAGUGAGAUCAUUUUGUGCCGCUCUAGAUUAGGGCAUCUUCCAAAAUAUUCCAUAAAUCUUAAAAACUUUUGUACUGCAACCAUAAGAUGGCCUUAUGACAUCCACACAUACAAUAUACACAGUUAUUAGUUACAACUUAAGUAUUUGAAGGCAAACAUAGACAUUCAUACUGCAUGGUUAAUGUCCUUUCAUCUCAUUUUGAGACAAACCCUAUAGCCAAAUCUAGACAUGAAUAUUAUAAAUCACUUUAUGAAGAAGUUAAAAUAUUAGUAAUCAGUUAUUUCGGUUGCGGGUCACCUGAUUAGACAAUCUUUGUGUUUGCUUUUCUAUUCAUGAGAUGAUUUGACUGCUUGACAUUUUAAAAUGUAUUUGCAUUUAAAUAAAGUAUUAUUCUGUGCAGAAUGAGAGAGAACUGCAUCACGAACAGUGA